GGAGCCUACUGAUGUAGGUUCUCUCCAGUCUCUCCAGUCGAACAACACACAGUAGUUCAGCUUCUAUAUCUUACAAGAUGUUCUCUCGUCUCUCCACCGUUUUCCUUUACGUCCUCUUUACCUUGACUGCUUUCGUGGCAGCCACAUCCCCAGUGACCACCACUGUCACCGUCACCGCUACCGCACCGGGAAGUACUGUCACCACUGUUAGUCAAUGCAACACGGGUGACUUGCAGUGCUGCAACAGCGUCGAAAGUGCCAGUUCGUCAGGCGUGGCAGACCUCCUCGGUCUCUUAGGCAUUGUUCUGGGCGAUAUCACUGGGCUUGUCGGCAUUACUUGCUCCCCGCUCUCCAUCAUUGGUCUCGGUAGUUCUAGCUGCACCGCUGAGCCGGUCUGUUGCGAGAACAAUACCUUCAAUGGCUUGAUCUCCCUCGGCUGCUCCCCGAUCACCCUGUGAGCAGCAGCAAUGACACGCUUUCGGUGUCGAAGCUUGAGACUAGGCAAAUAUCUGUAUGCUCUUAAACAAAUUUGGUAGUUCCUUGAUCUUUCUCUUGUUGGGUUUCACUGUUGGGUUCGGAUGUAACUGUUUUUGGUGCUGCGGUAUCAUAGAAUUAUAAAGAUUUGUG